AUGCGAGCUCGCUCCAGCUCUGUCACCGUGCUAUACGACAAAAGGAACCGGAAAGGUGAGAGAGAGAGAGAGAAUGCCUUUUUUCGGGUUUCUAGACGAUUGAAUUAGUUUGAAGGACUAAAAGUUAAUGCAAGGCACAAAACGUGGGUUCAUGGGUAUCCGCACGAAAAUGUCUAGUGAAGUUCACUUCCUGAAUGACCCUUAGUCCGAACUCGAUCUGUCCUAAACUUUAGACGUUGCAUUCAGGCGUAUCACUCGAUCGAAACAACAACUAUGCGUCGCGUGAAGUCGAAAAACAGCCGCGGAUGGUGCACACCUCGUCGCGCCACGUCAACGAGGGUUUUUUCGGCGUGAGUGAUCUCCAGACAUAAUGGGCUUGGGCACGACUACUAACAACUAUACAAGCGCGCUUUUUCGUACAUGUGUGCACUUUUUGAAUGAAUGUCCAUUCCGUGUGUUUCCGUCCACCUGCUCUUUUUUUGCUUCUUGUGUAUUAUUGCAUCACGUGUGACUAGCGGCGACUAGUACGAAAGGAUCCGGAAAUGGUGUGUCCCCCCACAAGUUGUUGCAUUUUUUUUGUCUUCUGACUCAUACACUCAUGUCUCCAACUCUCUCAAACUCAAACUAAAAUUAAAGACGUGAAUUUUCUGUAACUUUUGCGCAAAAGUUACAACAGAGUAGAUUCUAGACGGAUUCAAACGAACACAUUUUUCAUGUGUGUACCCGCCCAGUCUUGUUGUUCACUGGUCCCCCCUCAUUUCCUGUCUGAGACACAACAAUAAUCGUACAUUGCGUCUGGGGUUCAACUAGAUAUGGAUAUGCAAAAGUAAUGAGUAAUGGGCCCAAAAGUAUUCCGGAUCGUUACACAUCAUCUAAUGGAAACGCGCGCGCGCGCGCGCGUGCUUCUCACUUUCCUCUCCACACAACCUUUUCUUUCGCACAGGUCUCCAAAUGGAUCCAACGUGUUGACGGGCGGCAAGACAUUGAAAAACACUACGAGAUUGGCGCCGUCAUUGGGAAAGGCAAUUUUUCGAGUGUGCAUUUGACGCGACGGAAGGCGGAUGGCACCAAAUGCGCCUUAAAGGUUCGCCUUCAAAAAGCCACUUCUGGAAAAUGGAAAACACACCAAUUUCCGUUAUGUUUGCAGCAAGUGGAGAAACGCGCGAUGCGAGGCAAAUGCUUUUUCGUGGACAAUGAAGUCGAAAUGCUCUCGCUCAUACAACACGAUCACAUCAUUUCGAUUAUUGACGCGUUUUGUACGGAAAAUCAGUAUUUCAUAGUGUUUGAGCAUGCACAGGUACUUACUAUUGUUGCGACGACGAUCAUAACUGGGGGCGUUACGGUAUGUUUCAGUACGGAGACUUGUACGAGACUGUGCGAAAGAACGGGCGGAUCGAAGAGCCCGACGCGGCGAUCAUCACUCUUCAAGUGGCCUCUGCUCUCGCCUACCUUCACGAUCGAAACGUGGUGCAUCGAGAUGUGAAGCCGGAAAAUCUGCUGCUCGUCGACAAGUUCAGCGUGAAACUGUGCGAUUUCGGACUCGCGUGCCACGUGCUCGGUCCUCUCUUCCGCAUCUGCGGAACUCCGACCUACUGCGCCCCGGAGGUGCUCAGAGAGAGCGGCUACUCGACCAAGUGCGACAUUUGGUCCCUCGGCGUCGUGCUCUACGUCAUGCUCGUCGGCUAUGCUCCGUUCAGGGCUCCCGAUCAGAACCGCCUCUUCAAGUUGAUCAUGCAGGCCAAACCGAACAUGGAUAUGCCAGAGUGGAAGGGCAUUUCACUUAGUUAGUUUAUUGACUUAUCGAACAGUUCCCCGUUAAAUGUGACAUUUUGAGAAGCGAAAGAUCUGGUGGUUCGUCUGAUGAACAAAAGCGAGGAACGCCGUCCGCUCGCCACCCAAAUAAUGUCUCAUCCGUGGAUCGCGCCGUACACUAUGGAAAGCAUUGAUGAUGAAUAA